AUGGCGCGUGUCAACAACGAAAUUCAUCUUGAAAUCGAGGAACCCAGUAUUGAUACAGAUAAACUGAGCUACGAGAUUUUUUCUCUAUUAGAGAGCAAGUUUUUGUUUGGUUACGAUGACCAGAAACUUUGGGUUCCCAAACAAAUUGAUCCUGCAACUGAACAACCCAAAAAUGACGUCGUUUUCACCGCCUCAUUCGAUGACGACGGUGUUCAAGCGGUCAAAAAUCAGAGAGGAAAAAUCUGCAUUUUAAGCAUUGAUGGUGGUGGAAUGAAAAGCAUCAUAUCGGGGAAAGCAUUGGCCUAUCUGGAAACAGCUUUGAAGAAUAAGUCUGGAAAUCCAGACGCCAGAAUCGCCGAUUACUUUGACGUUGCCGCCGGCACCGGCGUCGGUGGGAUUUUCACGGCGAUGCUCUUUGCCACCAACGAUCGGAAUCGACCGGUAUUUCACGCCGAUGAAACGUGGAAAUUCCUCGCUGCGAAGGGGAAACAAAUCUAUCGCUGCUCAAAAUCAAAUCAUCCUAAGGCUAAUUUCUUCAAGCGGGCCUUUAAUAAAAAAACCACCUCCGGUUUAGAGAAGGCGAUGAAGGCGGCUUUCAAAGAUGAAAAAACCGGCCGGAAUUUAACGCUGACGGACACAUUAAAACCGGUUUUGAUACCGUGCUACGAUCUUUCUAGUACGGCGCCGUUUUUGUUUUCCCGAGCCGACGCUCUGGAAUCAAACGGCUACGAUUUUAAGCUGUGGGAAGUUUGUUUAGCCACUUCAGCACAGCCGGGUGUGUUCGACCCGGUUUGCAUGGAAUCAGUUGACGGGUCGACCCGUUGUGUGGCGGUGGACGGCGGGUUGGCGAUGAACAAUCCGACAGCAGCUGCUAUUACGCACGUGCUGCAUAACAAACAAGAGUUUCCCUUUGUGAGAGGAGUCGAGGACAUUUUAGUACUUUCACUCGGUUCGUGUGGGCAGCUAUUGGGAGGGAGCUUUGACUUUGACCAAGGCAAGAAAUGGAAGGCCAAGGAUUGGGCUCGGCCCUUGGCUCGGAUUUCGGGUGAUGGUUCUGCCGAGCUGGUUGACCAUGCCGUGGCUAUGGCGUUUGGCCACUGCCGGAGUGGCAAUUAUUUUCGAAUCCAGCCGGAGCUGAUUCAAACAGUUUUCGUUUCCCAACUUCCAAUGAAUUUUGGUCUAAGUGUUAUUGGUGAACCAAUUUUCUACUUAAAAAACGAGAUACAUGAUUCUACUUGCAGUAGAGAAUUUGAUUCAGCAAAUGGAUCGAGUUUUGGCCAUUGUGGGGCGAAUGUCGACACAGAUCCUAGUCCUAGCAAUGUAAAAAUGCUAGCUGGAAUAGCUGAUGAAAUGCUUAAACAGAAGAAUGUAGAAUCCGUUCUCUUUAGUGGUAAGAAGAUAGGAGAACAAAGCAAUCUUGAGAAACUCGACUUAUUUGCUGAACAACUU